CUGCCCCGCCUGCCCCGGGACUGGCCAUGGCCCGGAGCCCGGUACCCAAGUCGCCCCUUGGGUAGCAGUUCCCGUUAACCUUAGCCACAAAGUCAAAGGUAUUUAUUUCUCAGGCCCCCUCCCACCGAGUCCCUGUGCAAUUCUGGCGGGGAGGGGCGGUUCAGGGACGGACCAGCGCCCGACUGCUGUUCCCGUGCUGCUCUGCUGUCCCGGACUGUAGAGGAAAGAUGGGUACCGGGCCUUGAGGUGCCCGGGAUCCCGCGUGCGCCUCAGCUCUGGGCCCCAAUUUUCUGCACCACCAGCACCCUGCCCAGCUCAGUGGGAGGGACCUGAGGUUGGCUGGGAGGGCAACAGGCCAGGGCGGUAAGGUCUGGAGGGUAGGACCGUUGGAGAACCUAGAGGCGGCCCCUCCUGACCAUCUGGUUGUUCUGAGUUCCCUGUCUGUGUCUGCACCCGGUGUAGAAGAGCUUGGGGCAGCAAUCCCAGUGUCGGCUACAGAAAGACUCGUAGUAAGGGGAUCCCUAAGUGAGCGAUUCCGUGAGCCGGGAUGAAGAUGGAGGAAGAGGAAAACACUUAGAACUUACAAAUGUGUGCGCGUCUUGAGGGGUGGUUACUGAGGCUUCUUUCAAGUAAAAUGACCACAGCAGCCUCAGUGGGUGUGGUGUCUGGCGACACGGAGUCCGAAUGGUCUCUAGCAGCAGUGGGAAGUUGGGUGUGGUCACCUGAGGCUGGAGGAAGUGACAGUCCAGACUCUGCAUUUUUAUUUGUUUGCUUUUGGUUUUUUAGUUGUGUUAAGCAAUAACAUUCGAACAUUUCAUAGCAUUUGUGUCCUGCCAGUUCCAAGGUUCCAUGAUUCUGUGCUUCUUCCAAUCAGUUGUGGUUGACGUUUAUGUAAAUGAGCCCUCAUAACCGAAUUUUGUAAUGGUUUACAAGGCUGGGGCCUGGACUGUGUGUUAGGAAUAGAAGCAUCCUGUAUUCGGGUGCGUUUGGUGUUCUGGUGGAAAAGCAUGGAUGACAGUUACCCCCACAGGUACUUGUUUGGGUGACACAUAAGUUAAACAGUAGCUUCGAGUCUCCAAAAGGUGUCUGUCUCUGGCAAAGUGACCCCUGAUUUGGGCCAGGGAGGGGAGUAAGGGCAAGGUUCACUGAAAGAUAAACAAGUAAGUUAUAGGUAGGCAGGCAUGUGAGAUAUUAGGUGAUAUACUGGGGACAAUGGGGGAAAACUAACCAAAGACUUUAUUUUGAAUGCCUUGCCAAGACAUUUUUGUCUAAAUUUCCAAGUAUCAGGGAGCUCUUAAAGUAUGUUAAGAGAGUAAAAUGUCAAAAUCACACUUUUAGAAAAAUCAGUUUGGAACUUGGUGAUGGUGGCCCACACCUCCCAGGACUUAGGAGGCAGAGGUAGGCAGAUGUCUGAAUUGGAGGCCAGCUUGGCCUACAGAGUGAGUUUCAGUACAACCAGGGCUACAAAGAAACCCUGUCUUGUGAAGGGUGAGGGGAAGAAAGAGAGAGGAGAGAGAGAGAGAGAGAGAGAGAGAGAGAGAGAGAGAGAGAGAGAUCAGUUUGGGUUCUGGUGGCAAAUGGAUUUGGAUGGACCAAGAAAAUCAGUAAAACUUUAAAACCAUUCAUUCAUUCAUUGAAUUUGUAUGGGUAUGUGUGUGUGUGUGUGAGAGAGAGAGAGAGAGAGAGAGAGAGAGAGAGAGAGAGAGAGAGAGAGAGAGGAAGAGAGAGAGAGAGAGAGAGAGAGAGAGAGAGAGAGGACAGAGGACAUAAUUUUUGAAAGAUGGUUCUCUCACUCUACUAUGUGGAUUCCAUGGAUUCCAUGGUAUCAAGCUUAGGUCAACCAGCUAGCAUGUCAAAAUACUUUAACCCACUAAGCCAGUGGCUCUCUACCUUCCUAAUACUGUGACCAUUUAAUACAGUUCCUUAUGUUGUGGUGACCUCUAACCAUAAAAUUAUUUUCAUUGCUACUUUCAUAACUGUAAAUUUGCUACUGUUAUGAAUCAUAAUGUAAAUAUCUGUGUUUUCUGAUAUGGUCUUAGGCAACCUGUGUUGAAAGGGUCAUUCGACCCCCAAAGGGGUCUGUGUCCCACGGAUUGAGAACUGCUGCAUUAAGCUUGUUUUGUUUUUUGAAGUUAUUUAGGUGAGAAAUGGUGAGAUCUGGACUCAGGAUUGGUGUCAGGUGGCCCAGGACACCAGGCUCCUGAUUCCCAUGCUAGGUGCCAUGAGAAAGCCUGGAAGAACUUUGCUGACCUUGGGUGUGGGCUCAAGGGAGAAACUUGGGCUGAUGAUAUAGACUUGGAGUAACACAACUCACCUAAGGUUGGUAGAGGGAAAGGGGCCUUUGCUCCUGUAAGGGCUAGGCCCUGGAGGAGCUCACACUGCAUGGACUACUGGGCACAGUCUGUUUUUUUAUGUCCCGGAAGGCUGCACAGACUCUGUUCCUGGCUCCCUUAGUUCUGGCUUUUGGAGUGAGUAGCUGUGUUAAUAUGGCUCUGGAUAUUCAAAGACUCUUUAAAAACACACACACAAAAAAACAAAAACAGGGGUUCAUGUAGCCCAGACUAGUGUUGAACUUGAUAUGUAGCUUAGGCUGGACUUGAACUCCUGGCGCUCUUGUUACUGGAAGCUUAGGUUACAUGAAUGUACGACUGUUCAGCUUUGAGAAGAUGUAUCUCACGACUGAUUGUUUCCGUUGUCACGAGUGGACAGUAGAGAGAGCUGUGUUGAUAUGCUUCACGUUGGCACCAUUGUAUACUGUUGGAAAUGCACCUUAAAAAGACUUAUUUUUAAUACCUUAUGUGUCUAAGUGCUUUGCCUAUGUGUAUGUCUAAGAACUACAUACAUGCAGUGCCUAUGGAUCAGAGGAGGGAGUCGGUUCCAGUUCCAGGAGUUACACAUGAUGAUCCGUCAUCAUGUGGGUGCUGAGAACUGAACCCCAUCCUAUGCAAGAGCAGCAAGAGUUCUUAAUAUCCGAGUCACCUCUCUGGCCCCUGUGCCUUAUGUUCUAAGAUGCUUUCCUCUUUGCUUACAAGUAUAGCCUUCCAGUCCUCCUGUGUCUAAGGGACAGUGUUGUCUGUCCCAGUGUUGCCUGUCUCCCAGUGGUUGUUUGAAACUGCAGCUAAUAUUGGACCAUAUUCAGUCUUUUCCAGCACACAAUCUCACAGUGUAAUUUAUAAAUCAGACAUACAGAAAGGGUAAGGUCAAUUAACGCUUCAAUAUAACAGUUAGGACAUUUGUACCAUAAUAAAUGUCAUGUGGUUCUUGGUUCUCUCAAAAUGUCUUAUGUAUUGCACCAGGUGAGGUUCUGGAAAGCACACUGUGGGCAAAUGGGUGGGCCCCUUGGAGCUCCCUUCUGUGUCCUUGAACUUCUGUCUCCUGUCUCCGUAGCUGAUUUGAAUAGGAGGCAUUUGCUUGUGUCUUCCAAGCUUCCUGCUUGCCUUUCAGCAUGUUUGAAUGAAGUCUUUUCCAAGGCAGAGAAAACGUGUUGUUAUUGACAAAGGACUGGGGCAGAGGAGUGACAGCAUUUAAGUCUUCAGUCUAAUUGGCCAGCCAUUUCAGUGCUAGUGGAGGCUCUUCUGUGUCAGGGCUCUGGCAGGGCAGCCUUCCUAGAGCUCCUCCUGGAAGACACAGUGGCAUUGGCUGCUAGUCAUGACCACACGUGGUCUCUGACUCACACAUGACCAGUGUCAUUGAGAGACUGAAUCUAAAGUUAGCUUAUUUGAAUUGAGGAUGUUUUUGCUGUAUUUUUAAAAUGAUUUUGCUUAUUUUUAUUUCAUUUGUAGUAAUGUUUUGCUUGCAUGUAUGUUUGUGUGAGGGCAUCAGGUUCCCUGGAACUGGAAUUACAGGUAGUUGUGAGCUGCCAUGUGGGUGCUGGGAAUUGAACCUCUGGAGGGCUGAGUCAUCUCCACUUUAUUUGAAUUUAAAGAACAGAGUUGGGCAUAGACACCAAACUCCUGAAGAUGAGGAACUGCGGGUUUGUUUUCGGUCACCUUCCAAGUCUCAUGCCCUCUCUUGGAGGCCACAUAGUUACAGAGUUAAGGUACCAGCAUAUCCAGGACUUGAGCAAUGACUUAGCCUCUUGGAGGCAGGAUUUCCACCCAUUCUUUCUUUCCCCAGGUCAUUGUCAAGGUGUUUAAAGAAGCCUUACCCCCUCCUCCGACAAGGGGGGGAUGUGGGCGCUGCAGCUCCUCUGCCUCAAGGGGAGAUCUGAGAACCCCCACCGCACAGAGACACAGAGGUUGUUCUCAUCUAUCCCAAUGCAGAUGUUGUCUCAGCUCUCCAGCAAUUUCCUGGUGAGGCAGGCAGGCAGGGAAAGCGAGCAGAAGGCAGUCACUGGUGGUGCUCUGGGGAGAGGUGGGGUCAGUGAGUUCUAGGAGGGAAUUGGCAGGUAGGGGGGUCGGGGGGAUUGGCAGGUGGGGAGGGCCCCUAGGCAGACUGUCUCCUGUCUGGGUCUCCUGGGAAGGUAAAAGGUCAUUAGUCCAUAUGAGAGUUCAACAGGGCGAGGACUUUGUGGGACCUCUUGACUGAGGAAAGCCAGUGGCUGGGCUUUUAUCAUUGGAAGUCCUACUUUACUACUGAGGAAGGAGAUGUGAGGUACCAUCCGCUUCUCACUUCCAUUCCUGGGCAGGGUCCUGCACUGUGGGAGGGGUGAGGAAACCUGACAGGUCCCUGAGGUGCUGGUCCCUGGCAUUUGGCCUCAUCUCAUUCCUACUUCUGCACUUCAUGCUUUUCAGUCUAUGCUGACACCAAAGUCCCUGGUUAUCUUCCCAGUCCCAGGCCCCACCACCUGCUGCAGGCCACACUCCCCUCUUUGUGUUUCUGCAGUUGGCAGUGCAGCUGGUGGCUUGGGGACUUCCCAUCAGGGGAGUCCAUUUCCAAACUGCAACCUGACCCAGUGUGGGGAUCUAGGCUUGAGCAGGCAUGGGAAGAUGGAGGUGACCAGGGCUCUAUCUUGUAUGUGUUCUGUCCUUAUGGUAUCUGUGGGUGGGGUGGAAGGAAGAGAGCGUCAGGACUAGAGGUCAGGCUCCCUGUGAUAGACCAACAUGUGUUCCUGUCUGGUGAGGCUGUAUAGGAAGGUGCGUGUGUGUACACCUGUCCCUGUCCCUUAGCUUCUGUGUCCUGCUGGGUGGACAGUCAGCUCACUCUUGUCAGCUGACUGGUGCAUCAGGUGGGCUCUGAGAAGGCUAAGUGGUGUAGUAGAAUGAUGGAUGGAAUGAGAGACAGACACCCUUGGUAAGAGUCUGUGGUGACACAGAGGACCCAACAGGGUCCACAUGCAGGGCCUGCCUUGGGCUUGGGCUUGGUUUUCCUAGGAUGUUGUUCUGCAGACAUGGAACAUCUGAGCUUACAGGAAGUAGGUCUCAAAAGCCAUGGCCUCCCUCCCCCAUCUCUGUCUCUUUCUGUAUCCUCCCUUGUUUGACUCUUUUGAGCAUGUGUGGGUCUCCUUCCUUCUGUCCCCACAUUUGUCCCUGCUGAGAUCCCAGAAGAGUUGCUUGGCCUGCUGUGGUCUGCUGUGGCCUGCUGUGGCCUGCUGUGGCCUGGACAGACAUAUUAAGGUGGUGCUCAGGUUGGGUCACCAGGAACCGAAGCCUUUCUGGUUCCGUUUUUAAAUCAGUUCUUAGAAGCCAGAGUAGGUAAGGUGGGCUCUGACUGGGUGGUUUAGGGCCUGCCCUGUGUGGUGUAGGUGAGACCUGGCCCUCUAACCUGGUUCUGCAUUUCUGACCCACGCUCUCUGUCUGAGUCUCCCCAUGGGUAUGUGACCUCUCUGUUUGCAGUUCUCAAGGCCUCUUGAGGUGGUCCCCAAGGUGUGGGAUGUAGAGGGACCAGGAGACAGUGGGUGCAGGCAAGAGGGAGCUGCAGUCCCAAGAUGACUCUUCAGGUAGAGGUUGCUUUUAGCUUCCUGUUACUCCCUUGUGUCUGCCCACCAGUGGGUUUCAGUGUCUAGGAGAAUGCACAGUGGAAGUUCUCCCCAGAUCCUCAUGGGGAAACCUGCUGCCUCCACAGAAGAGAUCUCCACAGGGGUAAAAGGCUGAGGUUUGUUUUGUUCGUUGAAUAAAUACUAGUAAGAACGGUGACAUUGCCAGACAGUGGAACUCAAGCCCCGGAUAUAUGCUCUCCCAACAAAUCACGUUGGUCCCCAGGCAGGAGGACGUCACAUGCAGCAUCACAUGGCCCACCUGGUCAUUGGGGUGCCAUCUGUUAGAUAAUGGCUCUAAUCCAAAUUAAAAAUAAACAUCGUAUUUUUAUAAGGGAAAAGUUUCUAUUUCAGCCAGCCUACCUCUCUCUGGAAGAUGAGGCUCUGGGCUUCCUUUCUGUUCACAUCUCCAAUGAUGGCUUCCAGACCCUUGAGGAAGACAUUAGUGGGUCAUCAAGCUUGCAAGAGGCUUAUUUAGUUUUGCAAAGAUCUACAGCUGUUUAGAGAGGACAGGGCCAGAGCUUAGCAACUGCAAGUUUCUAGAGAAAAUGUUCUGAGAAAAAGAAAGAUGUUUCUUCCCUUCCUUACAGCCGGGGUUUGUCUUUCCAGUCAGGGCACCAGUUUCUAGCCUGGGUAACUACUCCCAAAGCAGACUUAGGAAGGUGGCUUGGGGAUUAUCCAAUCGAGAGAUAGUCUCUGUUCAGGUCUCUAGAGCCCAGAGUUUGUUUUCUAGUUGACGAUAACCCAAUCAAAAGUACCAAAAAGGCCCUGUCCAAGGCCAGCAUGAAGUCCACAGGGCAGCUAACAUAGCCCCUCCUUGUGUUAAGGUGGCAUUAGUGGGUAAAGCCAGACCCCAACUUUAGGAGAGAAAGUCAUGUGUCUGUGGUGGGUAGAAUGAGCCCACCGUGAGCCACAGCUCAAAGCCAGGCACAGUGUUUGGAAAUGCACAAACCAGUAAGUGUUGGAGGUGAGCUGGGGAGAUGCUGGAAGCCUUGAGUUCUAGCCCUAGCACUGCAUAAAAAAGCCAGGCACAGGUCAAUGAUGGAAGCAGUAGGGAUAUAGAAACAGGGGGCCAUAAACUGAAGAUCUUCUUGGGGUACCUGAUAAGCAAGGGUAGCCUGGGAUACACAAGACCCUGCCUUAUACUCCUCUAAAUACUGUGGGGGGUGGGUGAAAAGAAAUGUGAGGGGAGUUGACUUGUCCAUGCAGGUCCCAGGAUAAGCCAGCUACUGUGGUAAGGUGACACUUAAGCAGAAGAAGGUUUCAAGAGUGAGACAGGUGGGGAUGAGAAGACCAGUGCAGCUCAGACUUGGGUAGCCAAGAAGCUCCACGGUCUGUCUGGGGUGUCCACACAGCUACACUGCCUCAAGCCAUACCCAGGUAUAAAGGGAAGCAGUUGGGAAUCAGAAGAUGAGUGUGAAGUAAGAUAAGAUCGAUGAAUGCUAGAUCAUGAAUAAGGAGUGUGGGCUAGCAUGUUCUUGGUGGCAGUGAUGGCAUCAGCGGCAGCGGCAGUGAGAUGUCCUGGAGGGGUUUACUCUGGGGCAUUGGAAGAGUGUUCCGCUGACUUAGGACACGUGGGAGAAGGUCUGCCUUCCAUGUGUUGUUUUGGUUUUGUGAUGAUGCUGGGGGUUGAAUUCCAGGCCUUGCACACAGCUAGGCAAGCGCUCUGCUCUUGGGAGUUACAUCCCCAGUCCCUCCAGGUAUCUUCUCUAGCAGAAUCCCCACAUCUAUCCUUACCUGAUAGACCUGGUCCUCAGGUGGCAUGCUGCUCACACACCCUCUACCCAUGCUGAGGCCGUGGGCCUUAAGUCUCUAGUGGGGGGUUUGUCCAGUUCAGCUGUUCAGUCAUCUUUAUGUCUCUGGGCACACCAAGGCCUCUCUUGGGCCCAGUUCCUCUUUGUACAUGAGAAUUGUGCCAACCCAACCUUCCCAUCUGCACAAUUUUACCUGAGGGAAUGGAUAGAACUGAAAAACAAACAAACAAACAAACAGAAACCCAAACCUCCUCCUCCCCCCCCAAAAAAACUCCAAAACCAAAAAAGCCUGGGCUAUGAGAAGGGAGGGGGGCUGGGCAAAUGGUCUGGACCAUGUGCCAUCAGCCAUUCUUUCUCUUUUCUUCCCUCUGAGCCCCCAGGUGGCAGGGCUGGGACCUCACCAGCACCGAUGCAGAAGGAGACCUGCAGGGAUGGAGAGGGGCCCUGCUGGCAGCACCUCAGGAGAUGGGGUGGCAAGGAUCAAGCAGGAGAAGCCAGAGUGGCUGUUGCAGACUGUGGCACCUCAGGCCGUGCUUCCGGAGAAGGACAAGGAAAACAUAUUUCAGCAGCAGAGUGGUCUCCCACCCUGCCAGACCAUGGGGCGGCCCUGGGCUCUGGGGUCACAAGAGGAGACUGGAGAUGCACGGUGCACCCCACUUCCUGAGCACGAUGCACCGCUGGCUACUCGAGUUCCAGGGACAGCCCCAGGUCCUCUGAGCCCCUCACUUUCUGCGGGUGGGGGUCACUUUGUGUGCGUCGAUUGUGGGAAGAGGUUCAGCUGGUGGUCGUCCCUGAAGAUUCACCAGCGCACACACACAGGCGAGAAGCCUUACCUCUGUGGCAAGUGUGGCAAGAGCUUCAGCCAGAAGCCCAACCUGGUGCGUCACCAGCGCCACCAUACGGGCGAGAGGCCCUUCUGCUGCCUGGAGUGCACCAGACGCUUCAGUCAGAAACAGCACCUACUCAAGCACCAGAAGACACACUCACGGCCUGCCACUCACACGUGUCCAGAAUGUGAGCGCUGCUUUCGGCACCAAGUGGGCCUCCGCAUCCACCAGCGAGCACAUGCCCGAAACCGCCUAGGUGCCCGGGUCAACUUACACGAGAUGCUCCGGCAUGCUGCUGCACGUCGCUGGGCGUAUCGCCUGCGCCCAGAAUCCCCACGCGGGCAUCCCGAGUGUACCUGGUUGGGGCUCUGUCGGAGUUGGUGGGGCCAGCAUGGUGCCCGGACAACAGCCCACACCCGCUUAGGUCCUAGUGAACAGCGCCAGUUCAUCUGCAAUGAUUGCGGCAAGAGCUUCACUUGGUGGUCAUCGCUGAACAUCCAUCAGCGCAUCCACACGGGUGAGCGACCCUAUGCGUGUCCUGAGUGUGGCCGCCGCUUCAGCCAGAAGCCCAACCUCACGAGGCACCUACGCAACCACACGGGUGAGCGGCCACACCCUUGCUCGCACUGUGAACGCAGCUUCCGCCAGAAGCAGCACCUUCUCAAGCACCUGCGCACACACCUGCCUGGCGCCCAGGCUGCAAGGUGCACCAGCUGUGGCCAGAGCUGCCCCAGCCGUGCAGCACUGCGAGCCCACCAGCGUGUGCACGCAGCUGCGGAGCUGCUGCGCUCGCAGUCUGCAGUCCGGGGUGUUGUGCCCAGCUCUGAGUCACAAGCUGAGAUUGCCCAGAGUGUGGCCGUGAAGCCCGAAGGUCCCCAGGGUGCUAAGAGGGUGCUCUGUGGCCAGGGGCUCGAGACCCUGACUGUGCCCAAUGAGCAGCGCCAGUUCAUCUGCAAUGAGUGCGGCAAGAGCUUUUCAUGGUGGUCAGCGCUCACCAUCCACCAGCGCAUCCACACAGGCGAGCGGCCCUAUGCCUGUCCAGACUGUGGCCGCUGUUUCAGCCAGAAACCUAACCUCACACGGCACCGGCGCAACCACACUGGGGAGAGGCCCUACCUGUGUUCAGCCUGUGGCCGUGGCUUCCGACAAAAGCAGCAUCUGCUCAAGCAUCAGCGAGUCCAUCGUGAAGCUCAGGCACCACACCCUGUCCCGGAGAAAGAGCUGUAGUGAGCCCUGUGCACCUGGUGGUGGUGGAUGGUGGAGUGUGUGGCUGUAGGGUGUAUAUCAGGAACAAGAGGUGCUCCCUGAGUUAGGCUCAUCAAGGUUCUGAAGCCUGAGGAUGGUGUUCUAGAAGCAUCUCAAAGGAAGCCUGAAAAGUGCCUAGUAGGGGAGGUGAGAUCAAAGCUGUGAAUGUCUAGGAUGGGCUAUGAUUGUUAGUAGACCAUUCCGAAUUGGCUGCCAUGUGUAGGUACCUUGUGAGGGGUCUAUGGGGGCCCUAGGAAAGCCACCUUGUAUGAAAUGACCUGGGACGGAUCAAUGGUAGCACUAGCCUGUCACACAGGUUACAAUAUGGUCAGUAGGGUGGUUGGUCCCCAUGGGAAAGCCGGUCACAGACUCCAGGAUACCAAUAGAACAAAAGCUGUGGCUAAGAAGGGGUUAAUUAUUGCCCCACUGGCUGGUCUGAUGGGACUCUGAGAUCUUGCUGCUUGGGGCCUAGGUACUGCAGACUGGCCUGACUGAAAAUGUGUAUGAAGAUUGGGAGUCGUCAUGCAGUCAGGUGGUCUCCUCCACAGCUUGGCUGCUUGGGGCAGUGACUAUGCAAGAACAGGCUGCCUGUGCAAAGUGUAUGGAUUUCUGUGACUGACUUGGGUCCUUACCCAUACUGGUAUUGGAGAAAAAUGAAGCACUGAAUAUUCCA